GGCUCCGUUUCCGCGGACGUUGUGCGGCCGAGAGGGCCUCGGCUGAGGCCUGUACAGCCUCAGGAAAAGCCUCUGAAUUGCAGCUUCCGCGCGGUGGGCCUAGUGUUGCUCCUGGGGACCAGAAGGCCAAAAUAAAAACCUUGUGGCUGUGGAGAGAGGAGCGGAGUGGCGUUUGUCCGCUCUUGCUCGCUGUGGCUCGGAAUGCCGGGACUAAGCUGUAGAUUCUACCAACAUAAAUUCCCCGAGGUGGAAGAUGUAGUGAUGGUCAACGUUCGGUCCAUUGCUGAAAUGGGGGCCUAUGUCAGCCUGCUGGAGUACAACAACAUCGAAGGCAUGAUCCUCCUCAGCGAGCUGUCCAGGAGACGCAUCCGGUCCAUAAACAAACUCAUCCGCAUCGGCAGGAACGAGUGUGUCGUGGUCAUAAGAGUUGACAAAGAGAAAGGUUAUAUUGAUUUGUCAAAAAGAAGAGUUUCUCCAGAGGAGGCAAUCAAAUGUGAAGACAAAUUCACAAAAUCAAAGACUGUUUACAGCAUCCUUCGCCACGUUGCUGAAGUCUUGGAGUACACUAAGGAUGAGCAACUGGAGAGCCUGUUCCAGAGAACUGCCUGGGUGUUUGAUGACAAGUACAAAAGACCUGGAUAUGGUGCUUAUGAUGCAUUCAAGCAUGCAGUCUCAGACCCUGCAAUCCUGGAUAGCCUGGAUCUGACAGAGGAAGAGAGGCGUGUAUUGAUUGACAAUAUUAACAGACGUCUGACACCACAGGCAGUCAAAAUCCGAGCUGAUAUUGAGGUGGCGUGUUAUGGUUAUGAAGGCAUAGAUGCAGUAAAAGAAGCUUUGAGAGCAGGCUUGAACUGUUCCACGGAGAACAUGCCCAUCAAAAUUAAUCUGAUAGCCCCUCCUCGUUAUGUGAUGACUACUACAACACUGGAGAGAACCGAAGGACUGUCUGUUCUGAAUCAAGCCAUGGCAGUAAUUAAAGAAAAAAUUGAGGAGAAGAGAGGGGUCUUUAAUGUGCAGAUGGAGCCUAAGGUGGUCACUGACACAGACGAGACUGAGCUUGCAAGGCAGUUGGAAAGACUGGAGAGGGAAAAUGCUGAAGUGGAUGGGGAUGAUGAUGCCGAGGAAAUGGAAGCCAAAACAGAAGACUAAAUGUUCUGGAAUACUUAGAAGAGAGACCAUAUGAAAAAUUAGAAUCCCCAUUGCAAACACUCGGGACUAAAUGAUUCCAGUAUUGAAAACUCCAAAAGCAAAUAUAGGAAGUGUUUCCCUGCUUUAAAAAGACCAAAAUGUAAAAGGCUCUUCUAAAUAACAUUUGGUGCAGCAACUUACACAAAUUGAACCCUUUGAAAGGAAGGUGCCUAGUCAAAUUCAAGACACAGAUCUGGCCAGAUGGAGUUUACAGCCCCAUACUUAACACUUUCAUACAUAACAAUUCCUAAUUGGUGAUUGCAGCUCAGUGCAUCUGUUCAUGAUUUUUCGUGGGAGCAGCAAAACCAAGCAAGUGGAACAGUUCUAUACAGAAUGUAUUUGAGCAAAUAUUCAAUAAAUUUCUGGGCUAUGUAACUCCAA